GGUUCGUCGUCAUCCCAACUGACCAUUUCCACUCCAACCUUUACCAUCCACGUUUCACUCACUUCGACAUUCAUCAAACGAUCUGACAUCUCAACCACCUAUCUACUUCAUUCAUUCUCUAUUCUCAACAACGAUCACUUCGCCAUUCGAAAUGACCAGCAUGUUCAUUUCUUUCCUUCUUCUGGUGUUGACCAGCAGCGCGGCCGCCUUUUGGCGGAUGGAGUGCCGAGGGAGUGUCGGUAUGGCACGGUUGGAUCCAAUGAUGAACCCUGGGACCGCAUCCCAGCAUGCGCACAUCAUCCAUGGGUCAUCCGGCUUUUCCAGUAAUCCCACCUAUGAAGAUCUCUCCCGCGGCGAAUGCACUUCGUGCGCUGUAACGCAAGACAAGUCUGCGUAUUGGACGCCGAAUCUUUACUUCCGACACGCCAAUGGAUCGUUUCAGGCGGUCAACCAGGUCGGCGGUAUGUUGGCAUAUUACUUUUUGAACAAAGAUCAGAAAAAUCCGGACGGCGCCAUCAGAGCAUUCCCCAAUGAUUUCCGAAUGAUCGCCGGCGAUAGCACCCGGCGAUCCUAUUCUGUCGGGGGCCUCAGUUACCUUGAGGCCGAUCCCGACAAGUCUUUUUGGGGACGGCUUGGCCAAAUUAACCAGAAAGACCUCGAACAGCGCGCUCUCGGUUUUAAUUGUCUUAACUACCAGAGGGCGCCGGAAGGUAGCCUCGCACGCCACUACUUGCCUGAUAAAGCAUAUCUCGACGCCAACUGCCCGGAUGGAGUCCGGUUCGAGGUUUCAUUCCCCUCCUGCUGGAACGGAAAGGACCUCGAUUCUCCGGACCACAGAUCUCAUGUGGCUUAUCCGGACUUGGUCCUUAAUGGGAACUGUCCGGAGGGCUUCGAUGUGAAGAUCCCAGGGCUGUUCUAUGAAACGAUUUGGGACACCAACGCCUUUAACGGCAUGCCCGGGGAGUUCGUCAUUUCCAAUGGAGAUGUUUUAGGCUUCGGGUACCAUGGCGACUUCAUCAGCGGCUGGGACGCUGAGUUCCUUCAACAGGCGGUGGACACGUGCACCAAUCUCAGUGGGCGCGUGCAGGACUGCCCCUUGUUUUCAUUGCAAAGCGAGGAGCGGCAACGGAGCUGCAAAAUGCGGAUUCCAUCGUUUGUCGCAAGCGAGAAGGUCGCGGGCCUCAUUGGGGACGCCCUUCCGGGCAACGUCCCAAUUAAGUACGGUCCCGAUCCGGUAAACGGAGAACCGCAGACAUCGUCGGUGUCGGUACCUGUGCCGACCGUCGGAUACACGCCGGGUACAACUGUAACCGGCUCAGACUACUUGCCGGGAGGUGUCUUCAGGGAAUCCUCUACGACAACCACAGCCACGACGACUAGCACUGCUACCAAGGCAGAUGCGCUCAAUGACGAAGGCCCCACGACAACCGCAGCACCCAGCUCGCCAAAUGCUGCUGGUUAUGAGGUGGUCGCUACCCAAUAUGUUACAGAUGGGAAUAUUGUGAGCAAGCUUGUCGUAGUGGAGGCGGUCCAGUACGUAGUCUCUGCGACCGAAACGGUGACGGUCACUGCCCCCACGAGCAGCCUGAAGGCCCGGCGUGGUAUUCACAUGCGCCGCCAACGUCACAGGUCCCGCCAGUGAGGUACCGGCAUUAGCACGGUUGGAGGAUAGGGGUUGGGGUAUCAUGGGUUCUAUCGGGUGUUUCCGUUUUCAUCAUGGCAAAGCAUUGAUUGCUGCUGCCGCUUGAGAUGGAUGGUGCAUGAGUGGGUGUCUGUGAUGUUUAUCUGGGGUUGCAUUUCACCGGUUCUAGCUCCCGCGGCUUGCCUGCAAGUCAAAUAUUUAGGUAGAUCAAAUCCAACCGGUGUUCCUGAUAUACAGUGGUGAUCCUCAACGU